CCCCUUCACGGUCCCGGUGCCUGUCGGCUUCCCGACACGCUCUCCGAGUCCACAGCAUCGGGGGAUGGAGUAGAGGAAGGAAGGGAAGCAUGGAUCCCACUGAAGAAAAAAACGGCAAAACAGUCGACAUUUAUCGCGACACGUGGGUUCGCUUCUUAGGCUAUGCCAAUGAAGUCGGGGAGGCCUUCCGUGCUCUGGUUCCAGUGAGCCUCGUAUGGGGAAGCUAUGCUGUGGCCACUGCGUAUGUUACAGCUGAUGCUGUGGACAAAGGGAAGAAAGCAGCUGUGGCCCAUGGGGACAACCCAGGGAGGACAACACGGGUAGCGGUGGCAGUAGUGGACACGUUUGUGUGGCAGGCCCUCGCCUCUGUGAUCAUCCCAGGCUUCACCAUUAACCGUGUGUGUGCUGCUUCACUGUACCUGCUGGGCAGAACCACCAAGUGGCCGCUGGCCGCCCGCAAGUGGACCACCACAGCUAUAGGCCUCUCCACAAUCCCCUUCAUCAUUACUCCAAUAGACAGGUCAGUGGAUUUCCUGCUAGACUCGAGCCUUCGGAAGGUCUACAACGAGGGAGAGAAGCACGAAUAAAGAGGGAUCAUGCAGCACAAGUUUCCCCUCCUGGAUAGAUAUCAGUCCAGUCUAUGUGGUGCUGUGCCAAUUAUCCAGAAGACGUGCAAAGAAGGCAUUCAUGGAGCAAGAUUUUAGGCAAACAUACCUACAGUAAAAUAGCUGCAUUGCAGAAUUCUAACAUUUAUAUACCAGGUUAAGUUAUUAAAGUGAAAUCCUGCUGUGUGAAAUACCCCUUGGAGGAUACUGGAUUUUUACAUCUCAGGGCGAUCUGGGUAGCGACACCGAAAUGUGUAAAUGGGAAUGUAAUAGUUUAAAAGUUGUAUGAAUACUCCAUUCAACAUGGUGAAUUCCUGCUUCUUUGGCAGGCGUACGGUGUCCUGAUAUAUUCCUCUGAUCUUUUAUACAGACGAAAAACCUCCAAGGUUGCCCUCGUGGGCUACAGCUGAGAGCUAUUACUCUGGUUUGCAGGAUAUCACUUUAUGUUCAGAUAGAAAUGUGGUUACACACAAAUCCACACUUGCUGUAUUUGUUAGCCAUAUUUAGUGGUACUGUAAUGACAGGCCUAAAAGCCAUGAUGUCCUUUUUAUUUGUUACCAGCCUAAAAUAUGACUUUGUUUUUGUUUCUUUUUGAAGACUUUUGUUACUGUUUGAUAGAAAAGAAGCAUCUUCGAAUGCACCUUUCUCUUGUUUUAUUCUGCUUUGUUAAUAAUGGAAGCCAUUGAGAGUUCGUCACACAGUUACAACCUAUAUGGUUCUGCAUACAGUAUAUAUAGAAAUAGUGUAACUGAUUGUAGUUUAAAAACGUUAGAAAUGCCAGUUUUAGAUCCACAAAUGUAUGUAUAACAAAUUUAAAGCAAGGACAGAGUAAAGAUGUCUUGACUCCACUUGACUUCAGAUUACUAUGAGGCCAGCAUAUAACUGGUGCAUAAGUCAAACAGCUUUUUGUCAGUAAUGCACAAAUCCAGAGUACUAGCACAUUAAAUUUGGUGUUACACUUCUCUACUAUUUGUGAAGGCCAGUCUAGUUCCUAUGCAGAAAAUGAUUUAAGGUAAGAAAUACAUUAUACUGUAUGUAUAUAAUUGCCAAGGCUUUUGUUAAAGGAGCCAAAAAAUAUAAACUGUAUCUCAUGCUGAACUAUGCAAGGGAAAAAACAACAACUGUGUGCAUGAAUGAGCUUAGAAAAUGUUGGGGAUUGUUAAAAAAUAAAGUAUGUGGUUACAUAUCGUGAACAUUCUUAGAAAUCUAAAGGGAAAAAGUAAAAAUGUAGCUUUACAUUUUGAGCUGUAACUCUAAGACAGCGAGGCACAUAAUGGGAAUGGUUGUCGUUUUUUUGUGUCUACACCAGUGUACCGUUGUAGCAAUAACCUUUGUUUAAUGUGUUUGUCACAGAAAAGCUGGACUGCAACAGAUUGUUGAUACUUGUAAAUGAUGCGACCUAGUCAAUAGUGUUUAAUCGCACGAUCAGGAUAAAGAUUGCUUGAAAAGUACUUGUUUAUUUCGGGGGGUUGCCAUUAACAAACACAUUCACUUAAGCACAUACUUUACUUUUACCUCAUGUACAUAUAUGGACGGUUUUUACACUGAUGGUUUGAUUUGUCAUAGCAGGAAUCUAUCAACAGUGUGUGUGCCAGUUCAUAUUUGUGCAUAAAACUGACUACAUUUAAAUGUAAUAUAGCCACAAACAAUGUAGUCUGUUACACCUGUACUUUUCCUGCUAUGACAUGUCAAAAUGUCUGCCUUGGGAAACAAAGUGCAUCGGUGCCUCCUUUGUGAAAAUCUCUAUUUUCAGUUUUAACAUUUCAGAUUUUAACUUUGUUGUAUUUCUACUGUUCUGUUGCAUGCUGCAAAACAAAAGGCAUGAUUUUUUAAACAUUUUUGACAUGUAUGACAGUGUGUUUGGAGGAUUUCCAGUCUUAACUGACAACAAAAAAAGGUCACACCUCAAACUCUGUUAGUUCACAAGCUGGAGAUUAUUCUUUCAAAUGUGAAAGUAACUGUUGAAAGUUAAAGCUCCAUUCAUUAGAGUGGUCACCUAAUCCUGAUGUUCUGUAACCUCUGAAACUGGUGAAAUAAAUGAUACGUCUUGA